AUGUUUGCUACUUCUCUUCGUUCGUUCUGCCGAAAUGGCCCAAGAGCAGCCCGCGGCUUUAGCUCCACAUCUGUUGCAAGCGCAGCCGAGGUCAAGUCAUUGGGUGUGAUCGGUGCCGGGCAGAUGGGCUUGGGAAUUGCGCUCGUUGCUGCACUGAAAGCUCAAGUCCCCGUCACACUAGUUGACAGCUCUCAAGCUUCCUUGGACAAGGGUCUUAGGUUUGCUGAUAAGCUUCUCGAAAAGGAUGUCUCUAAGCAACGCAUUACCCGAGAAGCUGCCGACGCUGCCCGUGGGCUGCUUUCCCCGAGUGUGAAGCUAGAUGACCUAUCCUCGGUAGAUUUUGUCAUUGAAGCAGUUCCCGAAAUUGUCGAUCUCAAGCAAUCUAUCUUCUCUCAGCUCGCCCAGAUCGCUCCCAAGCACGCUAUCUUGGCUACCAAUACCUCCUCGAUCUCCAUCACAAAGAUCGCAGCCGCCACUACCACAGACCCGACGGAUCUGCAAGCCCCCUCACGAGUAAUCUCAACCCAUUUCAUGAACCCAGUCCCAAUCCAAAAGGGAGUUGAGAUUAUUCGAGGUCUUCAGACCUCUCAAGCGACUAUGGAAACUGCCAUUGCCUUUGUGCAGCGCAUGGGCAAGGUAGCCUCGGUCUCUGCUGACUCUCCCGGUUUCCUAGCAAACCGAAUCCUCAUGCCAUACAUCAAUGAGGCUGUCAUCUGUUUGGAAACAGGUGUCGGUGGUCGCGAAGACAUUGACAAUAUUAUGAAGACUGGUACCAAUGUCCCCAUGGGGCCCCUAACUUUGGCUGAUUUUAUUGGAUUGGAUACCUGUCUGGCUAUCAUGAACGUACUUCACCAAGAGUCUGGUGACAGUAAAUACAGACCCUCGGGCCUUCUGCGCCGAAUGGUAGAUGCUGGCUGGCUAGGCAAGAAGUCUGGAAAGGGUUUCUAUGAUUACUGA